CUACACAACCUACAAAGCACCAAGCCUACCCUCUCUCUCUACUCUCAAGACAUUCGCCGCUUAUCGCCUCCGAUAUUCUUCUUCUUCAUCCGAACGCACGAACGUUACUCUAUGGAACCAUUCGUUGCAAGGGAGACCACUCUCGCAUCCGCUUCGUCGCCGCGGAAGAAGCGACGGAUCGAUCACACCGAGUCCGCAGCCGACGGUUCGCCGAUUCUCACCUCGAUCUCCAACAUCGAGCUCAACAGCACCGGUGGCGGCGACGCGGCGGCGCCGAUGAGCGUGGAUGCGGUUGGUAACAGCUCCAACAAUCACGAGAUCGACGAAGAUCUGCACAGCAGGCAGCUCGCCGUGUACGGACGCGAGACUAUGAGGAGGCUUUUCGCUUCCAACGUUCUCAUCUCAGGGAUCCAGGGCCUUGGUGUUGAGAUUGCCAAGAAUAUUAUUCUAGCUGGUGUGAAGUCAGUGACGCUUCACGAUGAAAGCGUGGUUGAGCUAUGGGACUUGUCUAGCAACUUUGUUUUCACCGAGGAGGACGUUGGCAAGAAUAGAGCUCUUGCUUCUGUUCACAAGCUGCAAGAACUCAACAAUGCCGUGGCUGUCUCGGCUUUGACUGGGGAGUUAACCAAAGAGCAGCUUUCUGGUUUCCAGGCCGUGGUAUUUGUGGAUGCAUCUUUUGAGAAAGCGACAGAGUUUGAUGAUUACUGUCAUAGCCAUCAGCCUCCUAUUGCGUUCAUCAAGGCUGACGUUAGGGGCCUGUUCGGGUCGUUGUUUUGUGAUUUUGGACCUCAGUUUACUGUUCUUGAUGUUGAUGGAGAGGAACCGCACUCUGGCAUCAUCGCUUCCGUUAGCAAUGAAAAUCUUGCUUUUGUUUCGUGUGUGGAUGAUGAGAGGCUCGAGUUUCAGGACGGAGAUCUUGUGGUUUUCUCUGAAGUUGAGGGGAUGGCGGAGUUAAACGAUGGAAAACCAAGGAAGGUUAAAAAUGUCAAGCCGUAUUCGUUUGUCAUUGAGGAAGAUACCACCAGCUGUGGGACGUAUGUGAAGGGUGGGAUUGUGACUCAGGUUAAACAACCAAAGGUGCUGAACUUUAAGCCGCUCAGAGAAGCAAUUAGAGAUCCAGGCGAAUUUCUUCUUAGUGACUUUUCGAAGUUUGACCGGCCACCUCUUCUUCACUUAGCAUUCCAGGCGCUUGAUAGGUUUUCGUCUCAAGCAGACCGGUUCCCGUUUGCUGGCUCGGAAGAAGAUGCUCAGAAACUGGUGGAAAUUGCAAUUGAGAUUAAUGAGAGUUUGGGUGAUGCAAGGUUGGAAGAUGUCAACUCUAAACUAUUGCGGCAUUUGGCUUUUGGAUCCAGGGCUGUUCUGAAUCCCAUGGCUGCAGUGUUUGGUGGCAUUGUUGGACAGGAGGUCGUCAAGGCAUGCUCUGGGAAGUUCCAUCCUAUCUUUCAGUUCUUCUACUUCGAUUCGCUGGAGUCGCUCCCCAAGGAACCCCUUGAUGCAUCAGAGUUUAGACCACAAAAUAGCCGUUACGAUGCACAGAUCUCUGUAUUUGGGUCUACACUUCAGAAGAAACUCGAGGAUGCCACAGUUUUUGUUGUAGGGGCUGGUGCUCUUGGAUGUGAGUUCUUAAAGAACUUGGCUUUGAUGGGUGUGUCAUGUGGCGUUCAAGGGAAGCUAACUGUCACCGAUGAUGAUGUAAUCGAGAAGAGCAACCUGAGUCGCCAGUUUCUGUUCCGAGACUGGAACAUAGGACAGGCUAAAUCUACAGUUGCCGCAACAGCAGCAGCGGGGAUAAAUUCUCGUCUCAAAAUUGAUGCUCUGCAAAAUCGUGUUGGACCAGAGACUGAGAAUGUCUUUGACGACAGCUUCUGGGAGAAUCUGACAGUUGUUGUCAACGCACUGGACAAUGUCACUGCAAGGCUUUAUGUCGAUUCAAGGUGUGUGUAUUUCCAGAAGCCUCUCCUCGAGUCAGGAACUCUAGGUGCUAAGUGCAACACACAGAUGGUUAUCCCUCAUCUCACUGAGAACUAUGGUGCUUCGAGAGACCCGCCAGAGAAACAGGCUCCGAUGUGCACGGUGCACUCGUUUCCUCACAACAUUGACCAUUGCUUAACAUGGGCUCGCUCUGAAUUCGAGGGCCUGCUUGAGAAAACACCAGCAGAAGUUAAUGCGUACCUCUCAAAUCCUGAUGAAUACAUGAAAGCGAUGAGGAGUGCUGGCGAUGCUCAAGCUAGGGAUACUUUGGGACGUGUUGUUGAGUGCCUCGAGAAAGAGAAGUGCAAUUCCUUCCAGGAUUGUAUAACUUGGGCUCGUCUGAGGUUUGAAGAUUACUUCGUCAACCGUGUGAAGCAGCUGAUUUUCACAUUUCCUGAGGAUGCUAACACCAGUACCGGAGCUCCAUUCUGGUCCGCCCCAAAGAGAUUCCCUCGGCCGCUUAAGUUCACCUCAACAGACCUCAGCCAUACCAAUUUUGUCAUGGCUGCUGCUAUCUUGCGUGCAGAGACAUUCGGAAUCCCUACUCCUGAGUGGGCUAAAACCCCAACCGGACUAGCCGAGGCUGUGGAAAGAGUGAUAGUCCCCAACUUUGAGCCUAGGGAAGACGCAAAGAUUGUGACAGAUGAGAAGGCUACAACUCUGUCUACAGCUUCAGUCGAUGAUGCAGCAAUUAUCGAUGAACUAAUCGCAAAGCUAGAGCGGUGCAGACUUAGCUUGCAGCCAGACUUCAGGAUGAAGCCAAUCCAGUUUGAAAAGGAUGACGACACCAACUACCACAUGGAUAUGAUCGCUGGGCUAGCCAACAUGAGAGCAAGGAACUACAGCGUUCCGGAGGUAGACAAGCUUAAAGCCAAGUUCAUCGCCGGAAGAAUCAUACCUGCCAUCGCAACAUCAACGGCCAUGGCAACGGGUUUCGUUUGCCUGGAGCUGUACAAGGUGUUAGACGGUGCACACAAAGUGGAAGACUACAGAAACACUUUCGCUAACUUAGCGCUUCCACUCUUCUCCAUAGCUGAGCCGGUUCCACCCAAAGUAGUGAAGCACCAAGACCAAAGCUGGACUGUUUGGGACCGAUGGGUCAUCAAAGGAAACCCAACUCUAAAGGAGCUGCUAAAAUGGCUAAAAGAGAAAGGGCUAAACGCGUACAGCAUAUCGGUCGGAAGCUGUCUGCUGUACAACAGUAUGUUCCCAAGGCACAAAGAGAGGAUGGACAAGAGAGUGGUGGAUCUUGCAAGAGACGUUGCUAAAGUUGAACUGCCUGCUUACAGACGUCACUUGGAUGUUGUGGUGGCUUGUGAGGAUGACAACGACAAUGACGUUGACAUCCCUCUGGUAUCAGUCUACUACGCCUGAUCAGAAUCUUUAACAUCUCCCAAAAGUCUUUAUACUACAGAACAGAGUUUUGUUGGUGUCUUGUUUGAAUAUGCGAACAAUAUAACAUGAGUCAGUGUUUGCAACUUAUUAUUCUACAGGAACCGAAUACAAAACAUAGACAAAAAAGUAGUUAUUACAGCAACA